UUUUUGUGAACGAUAUUAACAGUAAAACUCAACUAAACCAAUUUCGGUAUAAUUUGAACUGAACCGGUUUAAUCGAUAAGUUUCAGAGUGUUCUUUUUUUUUUUUGUCUCUAAAGCUCAGCUCCUCCCAUGGAUGCUUUUGUAGGGUUUGCAAAUUACACAGAGAGGGUUUGAAAAAGGACCGAUUGAGCUUGAGAUGAUGAAGUUGAUGAUUCGGAGAUCGAGUCCUCAAGCUUCGAAAUUUGUUCAGUCUCGUCUCCUGGAGACAGAUGUUGCUGUUGAUCUCUUCCAAGACAUGAUUGGGUCUCGUCCUCUUCCUAGUCUUGUUGAUUUCAGUAAAUUGUUUAGUGCCGUUGCCAGAACAAAGCAGUACAAUCUUGUGUUAGAUCUCUGCAAGCAAAUGGAAUUGAAGGGAAUUGCGCAUGACAACUACACUUUGAGUAUUAUGAUCAAUUGCUUCUGUCGCUGUCGUAAACUUUGUUAUGCUUUUUCUGCUUUGGGGAAGAUCAUGAAGCUUGGGUAUGAGCCUAACACAGUCAUCUUUAACACUCUAUUCAAUGGUUUAUGUCUUGAGGGUAGAGUUUCUGAAGCGGUUGAAUUAGUUGAUCGAAUGGUAGGAAUGGGACAUAAACCCACUCUCAUAACGAUUAACACUCUGGUCAAUGGCCUUUGUCUCAAAGGUAAAGUCUCUGAAGCGGUGGUUUUGAUUGAACGAAUGGUUGAAAAUGGCUUUCAACCCAACAAAGUUACCUAUGGACCGGUUCUAAAUGUAAUGUGCAAGUCCGGGAAAACUGCCCUGGCCAUGGAGUUGCUUAGAAAGAUGGAAGAAAGAAAGAUCAAGCUAGAUGCAGUCAAAUACAGUAUCAUCAUUGAUGGUCUUUGCAAAGACGGGUGCCUCGACAACGCACUCAACUUUUUCAAUGAAAUGGAAAUGAAAGGGAUCAAAGCAAAUGUUUCUACCUACAACUCUCUCAUAGGAGGCUUUUGUAAUGCUGGUAGAUGGAAUGAUGGUGCGCAGUUGCUCAAGGAUAUGAUCACAAGGAAAAUCAACCCCAACAUUGUCACUUUCAAUGCUUUAAUUGAUAGUUUUGUGAAAGAGGGAAAGCUUCGAGAGGCCGAAGAACUGCACAAGGAGAUGAUCACAAGAGGUAUAGCUCCUGACACGAUUACAUAUAGUUCCUUGAUAGAUGGGUUUUGCAAGGAGAAGCGCCUAGAUGAGGCCAACCAGAUGUUGGAUCUGAUGGUUAGCAAAGGGUGUGAUCCUGAUAUCGUGACGUUCAAUAUCCUCAUAAAUGGAUAUUGCAAGGCUAAGCAGGUUGGCGAUGGUUUGGAACUCGUCCGCAAAAUGUCGUUGAAAGGAGUGGUUGCAGAUACAAUUACUUAUAACACUCUUAUCCAAGGCUUUUGUGAGUUGGGAAAACUUGAGGUUGCCAAAGAACUCUUCCAAGAGAUGGUUUCUCGUGGCGUUCCUCCUAAUAUUGUCACUUACAAAAUUUUGCUGGAUGGGUUGUGUGACAAUGGGGAACCAGAAAAAGCAUUGGAAAUAUUUGAAAAAAUACAGAAGAGUAAGAUGGAGCUUGAUAUUGGUAUAUAUAACAUCAUCAUUCAUGGGAUGUGCAAUGCUAGUAAGGUGGAUGAUGCUUGGGAAUUAUUCUGUAGCAUCCCUCUCAAAGGAGUGAAGCCCGAUGUCAAAACAUACACUAUAAUGAUUGGGGGACUGUGUAAGAAAGGCUCACUGUUUGAAGCGGAACUGUUGUUUAGAAAAAUGGAAGAAGAUGGGCAUGCGCCAGAUGGUUGUACAUACAACAUACUCAUCAAGGCACAUCUUGGAGAUGGUGAUGCAACCAAAUCAGCUAAACUGAUCGAAGAAAUGAAGAGGUGCAGGUUCUCUGCUGAUGCUUCCACGAUAAAGAUGGUUAUCGAUAUGUUAUCGGAUGGUAGAUUGGAGAAAAGCUUUUUGGAUAUGCUUUCUUGAGUUUUUGAUUUUAUCAAUGAGAGAUAAAGCUAACCAUUUCUCGUUUAGUGUUUGAUGUAUUUGGUCUUAUUAAUCGAAUAUUUGUUCACAUAUAACCAGAUUCUGAUGUAUCCUCAUAUACAUGGCUUUUUAUUUUGUUCCGGUGUUUAGUUGAGCAUAUGCGUAUUGACAAAUGCUAGAAACCUGAUAAGCACUAAUAAAUUGCCUUGUUGAGGUUUCAGGUGA